AAAAAAAAAAAAAAAAAAAAAUUAGGAGAGAAUGUCGAAGAAGAAGGCGACGAUGACCUUGAAGGACUUCCAUGGCGGCUCUAUUCCUUCUGAUCUUCGUCUGCCAUCUGCGCCUGGCGUAAGCAUGAGGCCCGUAGAUCGUUCUGGAUUCGAUCGGCAGAUGUCAUGGGGUAGUUCAGCAGGAAGGCCUGAGCACCGAGCCCGGCCUGCCUCUGCCGGUUCAAUUAGGAACCUUGACGAAAAGGCUCCAUUCAUGAGCUAUGGUCCUCAUAUAGGCCGCAAUUUUGAUGAAGACGAGCGAAAGCCUUUAGAAGGGCCAUCAGGCCAGCGUCGACCUAUACUUGAUGAAAAUGUCCAUCCUCAGCUCAGCCACCCUGUGGAAACUAAAGUUGGUAGCCAAGCUGCUUCAACUCCUGCUACAUCUUAUGCUGGGAGGGUUAGUGAAGUCCCGAAAAUGAGGUCUAACAGUCAAACUUCUAGCGGCAACAGCAGUUAUGGGUCGAAUGAUCCGGUCAUUGGCAGUAAUUCCGGGCAGGCAGCGGCUGGAUCGUACCCAAAUGCUUGGGGAAUAAGGAAAGAGGCUGCCGGAAUAAAAGAGCACGUUCCUUCUGCAUGGUCAGCUCCUGAUGCUGAGACUAAAUUGGCCCACGCGAGUGCUCUAGAGAAGAUCUCGUCUGGCAGGUGGAACUCCAAACAGCAUGUUCAUUUUCCAAAAGAUACCGAGGUUUCUGUGCAUGAGGAGAAAGCCUACAGUGUGAAAACACAGGAUAGGCCGGAAGUGUUGGGUAGCCCGGGCUAUGGAAAAGAAGUGCCAUCUCACGAUAGGGUUAGAUCCACUUCUCGCAUGGAUUCGUUCGAGAGGAACAUGUCAGUUGCUGUGAACGGGCCACCGUCGGUAGUGCCUUCAGAAUCAUCUGAACGGCCAAAAUUGAAAUUACUCCCAAGAUCUAAACCGAUUGAGAAUGUGGAGCUGCCGACUGAUUAUUAUAAGCAGACUAGUAAUCCGUCUCCUGUGGAGGAUAGCUAUGCUGUACAUGAGCCUAAAAUUUCCUUACACUCUGGUGCUGCUGGACCGGUGGUUGACGAUCGAGCCCCAGAGCGUGCAAAACUGAAUUUGAAGCCACGAUCGCAGACUACUGAGCAACCGGAAGGAAACAAUGAAUCCAAAAGUUGUCAUGGGAUGACCUUGUCUCUUGAAAGCUUUUGUUUUGGAUUCAGUUUGAACAAGUUUCUCUAUGGAGCCUGCAGUUGGCACCAUAGGAAAACUGGGAAAGGAAUAGCUGUUACCUACUUUGAAAUAGGAUGUAAGUGUAAUUUGAUGCUCCAUAGUGGACCUUUCUACAAAUGGCCCAAUGUGCUUUCCAUGGUUCUGAAGGAGCGAGGAAUCGAGGAUAAUGUAAGCAGUUACGAGUCUCAAUCCCCCUUGAGAGCAAAAGCAACCACGCCCAAAGCCGACAUGCCCACACACUUGCCGCCUUCUCGCCAUAACGAAAAACCUGAAACCAAUUCCUCCUACCAAAAGAUAGCCAACAAGUACCCAAACCCUGAAAAAUUCGAUCCUCACAGGAGGAACAGGCCGAAUGAAAUCCACAAGAAUAAUCGACCGGAAGUUGAUAAGAACCGGAACCAGCAGCAGAAGCAGGACAGGGCCCCAUCGCCCGAGACCUGGCGCAAGCCCGUGGGCCCAGAAGGGCUCGGUCAAGGCCCAUCUGUGCGGUACGGUAAAGCUGCUUCGGCAGUCGAGCUUGCUCAAGCCUUCUCAAAGUCUGUAUCAGAUCCUGCAGCCUCCAGGGGAGUUUCGGGUCGGGGUCAGGUGCCUUUUUCCCGGCUGACGGGUCCCACAUCGAGGCCUCAGAUCAAUGGCUACUGAAAUCGAUGAGGGUCUCUGUGAGAAUGGGGACUUUUGGUGAAAGAAAGUUCAGUGAAGGCUCGAUUGGCUCGAAUCAUGAUUGGGUAGGCCUGAUAAAAUCUGGGGACAUAAGAGCGAGUUCAAUUGUUUUAAACUUUUAAUAUUAAUGGUGUGGUGGUUAUUAGCGGAUAUUAUAGGUCCUAAGACGAGUUGUUGUUCAGGGAAUAAUCAUUGAACGUCAGUAUUGAUUGAUUAGUGCAUUGGAACUUUUUAAGAUGAAAUCUUGGUGUUUAAUUGAUGGAUUUUUUUGAGUCCGUUUCUCAUUUGUACGUGUUAUUGUGCCUCGAUUAUUUUUCUACCUGAUAUGCCAAGGACUAUUUAAACUCCAUUAA